AUGCAUUUCAAAAUUGGGAAAUAUAACCUCACAAGUGUGAAAGACUUGGGCCACCUGUCUACAAGAAUAUCCAAUUCUACAUCCACUCACCUCACUGCCUUUCUGCUGACUGGAGUCCCAGGAUUAGAAGACUUCCAAAUCUGGAUCUCCAUCCCCUUCAGCUUCAUGUACCUUUUGGCUGUGAUAGGCAAUGGCUUGGUUAUGGCAGUGGUGGUUGGGGACAGGAACCUCCAUGAACCCAUGUAUCUCUUCCUGGCCAUGCUGGCACUCAAUGAUGUUCUCCUUUGUACUGUGACAGUGCCCCAAAUGCUUCUUAUCUUCUGGAAGGGUCCUUCCCCAUUAACAUUCCCUGCAUGUCUCACACAGAUGUUUUUUGUUCAUGCUCUGUUCCUCUCUGAAUCUGCUGUUCUCUUGGCCAUGGCUUUUGAUCGCUACGUGGCUAUCUGUACACCACUCCAUUAUGCAACCUUUCUUACAGGUUCUCUCAUUAGCAAGGUGGGUCUGGCUCUGGUGACUCGGAGUGUGGCUGUGGUCACUCCUGGUGUCCUCCUCAUUCUCCGGCUACGCUUUUGCCGGGAAAACAUCAUCCACCAUACCUACUGUGAGAACAUGGGCAUUGCCAAGUUGGCCUGCAAUAGCAUUGCCCUCAAUAGCAUUUAUGGGCUCACUGCUGCUCUCCUCACCACAGGGCUAGACUUUUGCCUCAUCUCCCUGUCCUACUGGCUAAUCCUGAGAACGGUCUUCCAACUACCUUCUAGGGAAGCCCGGACAAAAGCCUUUGCAACAUGUGGAGCUCAUAUAUGUGUCAUCUUGAUAUUUUAUACUCUGGCCUUCUUUUCCUUCUUUACCCAUCGCUUUGGAGAUCAUGUACCCAAGCAUGUCCUUAUCCUCCUGGCAAACCUCUACUUACUGGUGCCACCCACUAUGAACCCCAUUGUUUAUGGAGUAAAGACAAAGGAGAUAAGAAUGCAUGGUAAAAAGGAAGCUAAUAGGGAACUGCUUCAGUACCAUCAAGGAAUAUCUCAACAUAAUGAGUUUACAGAUGAGGCUACUUUGGUACAGAAGGAAAUAAGUCAUUUGCUCAACUUGAAAAUCGAGCAAGCAUUAGAGCCAGACAACUUCAUUUAUACAGACAAGCCCCAGUCAAGAGAAGCAGGGAUUGGUGGUGGUAAUAAGCCAGGCAGAUUGAGGAAGAUAGCAGGACCUUAA